AUGGCGCCCAUGGCAACGCGUAAAUCUGCAGCGAAUAAUCAUAUAAAUGGAUUGGAUGUACCAAAGUCGCAGAAUUACCGAGAGGGAAGUUGGCAACUUAUAACUUCUAAAUCAAGAUUUGAAAGGGAGCUUUCGGAAGACCCUUCUUCUUGUGAUGGGAUGUCGCGCUAUGGUGAAGAGCAAGAGCAAGAGCAAGUUCCAAAUGAAAAGCCAGCUAUGAUAGAAAGUCCAAAAGAAACGGAGGCCGUCUUAUACCCCCUUCAAGAUGCCGCGAAUCGAGUUGGAAAUGAGGUUGAGAAAUUUGCGGAAUUUCUUGAUGGAUAUAAUCCCUUAAGGGUGACAGAUGGAGAUGAGAGGCGAGAGAUGGCAUUUGAUUUGAUUGAGCUUUACCACAAGACAGCUCUCGACACACUGGACCGUCUACGAGAUCGCCAUGAAUCCGAACGUCGAAGAAUGGAGGGUUUGAGCUGGAGAAAGAAGAUGAGGGGUUUCAAGAUUGCGCAAGAUACAGAUGAGAUGGAUAUGGAGAACUCGGAUGAGGAGGAUGAGUUCAUCACAAAUUCGAGGACGACCGUGAAGGAUUUGAUACGCUGGGAGCAGGAGGCGCAAACUUGGGACUUGUUGAAAAGAUUGGCACAUCUGCGAUUCCCUGAUCCAAACGCUGGAAAUGAACUCGAACCUCGACAUAAUCCUAUACACCAGUAUUCGAGCGAGCGAGAGGCUUGGGAUCGUUUCCUACAGACUGAUGAUUUAGCACUGGAACGAAAAACUGUGCUGCGAUGGCUCCAGGAUACGGCCGAGGAAUCAGGAGAGGAAAUCGACAUUCUAGUUCAGGAUCUACAACAAAAUGCAGAGAGGGGAGAUAUUAUCGCACACGGUUGGUUACACACCAGGGCGGCCAUCAAGCUUCAGAAAAGUCAACAUUCUUGGCCUCGACCUCUCGAUCCCAAUUCUCAUGAGAUCCAGAAGAUGAUGUGGAAUGCGUCUAAAACCGAACCUCUGGUCACUCAGCUUGAUCCCGAUUCAGUGACCCGUCAAGGCCGGAAGUUGGAGGUUCAGGACGAAUAUUUCGAGCGUGCUAUUUGGUUGGGAUGUUAUGAGAUGCUUCGCCGAGGCAGGAGCGCAACUGAAGUCAGAGAGUGGUGUAUGGACCGAACUGAAAUAUGGAGAGCAGUUAGUAUGUCAGGGUUUCUGGAUGAAGAGCCACUGGAAGAUGACGAGGAAGGGGACCCUGCAUCCGGCGCUCUCUGGAGACGCAUGUGUUUUGCACUUGCUCGAAAGGGUGGAAAUGAUGAAUACGAAAGAGCAGUAUAUGGUAUUCUUUCUGGCGACAUUUCGAGUGUCGAACCUGUCUGCCAAUCAUGGGAUGACGUUAUUUUCACACACUACAAUGCCUUGUUACGAACACAAUUCGACAAUUACAUCCAAUCAGGACCUCAAAAAUUGAUGAAUGGAACCCUGACCUUUGGAACACUUGACGCUGUUGUACUUCAUGGAGAUAACGCGAUUGCUGGGACGCGACUGGUAGAAAGCCUUAAGACGGACGCCCGGACUGCGGAAGAAACCUUACAGCCGAUGAAAAUGCUUCAAGGAGUUCUGAUUGGAGAACAAUUUGCGGACUUCAUCUAUCAACAAGGCCUGGCAUUGUCGAAAUUUGCGAAUGCAGAAACCACCUCGAACUUGAUACCUCGAACGAAGGAACAACCUAAAGAUCAAGACAUCACCAACUAUAUCAAUUUAGGUGAUCAUGAAAGCUUGCGAGUUUUCACUCAUGCUAUCCUUAUUUUCAGGGGUCUUGGGUUAGAUAUGGGUGGUGUGCUUCGAGAAUCGGUCAUCGAGAACGUGAUCGUAGCAUACAUUAGUUUCUUGCGACUCGCAAAUAAAGGGGAACUCAUUCCUCUAUAUUGUUCUCAACUCUCUGGAGCAAGAAGAUACGCCACACUUAGCCGUACUCUGAUUGAUAUUACGGAUCAUGAACAACGAGUCACCCAAAUCAGACUGAUGAGAGAGCUAGGGUUAGAUGUACAACAAUUCGUCAACUAUCAGUCAAGAUUUCUUCUCUCGGAUCAUCCUGAUGGAGCUGAAGCUUACCCGUCACCCAGCGAAUUUCAGGUUCUGAGAGAUGAUGGCAAGGGGGUUAGGAAAGUGAAGAGAGAUUUUAUAGGACGUGACUCCGAGACCCUUGAUAGGAUUGAUCUUCUGCUUAUCAGAAGUCUAGAAUGGUAUCUACUUGUGGAUGGACUUUGGUCUGAGACUUUCAUGGUUGGCAGAAUGCUAUAUCAACGGUUCUAUAAAAAUCGACAUCUUUUCGCCGCCUUCACUUUAUCCCAAAGGAUCUCGAGUUCUAAAAUCGCUUUGAGUAAAACUCGAGCGUUAUUGGGCGAGAGCCUCGACUUCCAUGGUUUGGAGUCUGAAGACAACGAAGAUCUAACAGAAGUUCUCGAUGGUUCCGCAGAUAAGAAGAGAUAUCUUAAGAAGUAUAUGGUGGAGCAGGCGAAGAGUUUCAGAGAACUUGAGACACUGGCCCUGACUCUAGAUCACAUAGAGACCGUCUGGGAUCUAUACUAUUUUAUGCAAGAGAGUGUUGAUAUUACUCAAAAAAAAGCGUUGAAGCGAGCCCUUAAUGGAAUCCUUCCGGCGGCAAGUAUUGAUGUACAGCCAUUAUUUAACGGAUGGUUGACAACAAGUCUACAAGACCAACCCGAGUUUGCACGCUUGCGAGAAACGUAUCUUCCUGAAACUAUUUUGGCUUGGAUCAAAACAUUGCAGAUGGCUGGGCCUAUGUUAACUCGUGAUUACUUGAUGAUGUCCAUGGAUCUGGCUACUAGAAUCGCGGCCGAAGGUUCCGAUCUGUUGGAACUCUUCUCAAAAACUGGAAGAAUGCCAGAACUUGUGGAUACCUUUGCAUCAGCAAGCAAAGAACUUCUCAUUGUCUCCAGCAAAAGUAAGAGAAGUCCGACAUCGAAAAAUAGCAAGAAAAUGAAGGAAACAGGCUGGACUACAGAUUUGUGGAAUGUCAAGCCAUAG